UCAACCGUUCAAAACGUUGAGUCCAGUGUGGAAGUGGCCAGCUACCGGAAAGAGAUCGAAAGUGCCCGGAAAGAAAUGCAGAUCUUACGUAAUAAUCUUGGACAAGCCGAAAAGAUUCGUGAACGUCUGGUGAAAGAGAAUCGCGAGCUCCAGGAGGAACUCAAACUACGUGAGGACUCCAUUUUCGAUCAGGACGAUGAGAUUGAGAAACGCAACGCCGAGCUACGCACAGUCAAGGCCAAUUUAGAGGCAGUACAAAAAGAGUUGGAACAAACGAAACGCGAAUUCUCUGCUGCAAAGCAACGUGAAUCGUCCAGCUCCUCAGGACGUCUGAGUGCUCAGAUAGCUCAGAAUGAGAAGAUUAGAGCAGAUCUGCACGAAACAACAAGGCAAUUAAACGGUAAGUCAUUGUUUACGAAUCCUGGGUGCAAUACGCACUAUUGUUUACAAGAAAUCAGAACUGACUAUUCAGCCGAUCAAACAGUCAGUCUGCUACUGUCAGUUAGUCAGUUCUUUGCUUUAUUCUCACGCGUAGGCACUAAACAAACUCGUGCGACAUCAUGA